CACUUUCUUUUUAUAUUGCUCGGUUCAAAUGAUGACUUUGGGCUUCCCUUACAUUUUUCUCUACUUUGAUGAUUUUUUUGUUGUAAUAGGUUUUCACAACCGUGUGUCAUGGUCGAAAACUAAAAAUGAAAGCAGAGGGGAACAUACCGAAUCUGUCAAGGACGACUAUGUGACCCAAGUUCUCUUUAAACUAGAAUUGCCUACUGCACGUUCAGCUGUCUAAUAUUUAGGACCCUGCCUCCUGCUCUCAGCUUUCGGUCCCAGCGUUGCCGUCCCGAGCUGCUGCAGGGCUCCGGGCAGCAAAUGAGGCUCAGCAGCCUCAGCCUGGUCCCCAUCACCUCCUCGUGCCCCAUCGUGAUGGUGGAGUUGCUCACAGGGGACACAGAACACUCAGAGAUGAAACCGGGGGUGAGGAGGUGCUGCUGAAAUCCCACCCGUAAGCAGAACCAGCGGCACUGCCCAGUGCUGCCAAAAGGGCCAAAGGACAGACGGGGUGUGUGGCAACCCGCUCCUAUUUUGGGAGCAGAUACAAGCUCCUUUGCCCUUUUGCAGCUGUAAGAGAUUAUUUAGUUUUCGUUGUCUCAAAGUUUGCUGGGGACACAGAUGGACUUGUUCAAGUCUUGGACAAGUCCUGGGCAACGGUUGUGAAAUCCUUUCUCUGAAGGACAUAGAUGAACAAGAUGGACAAGUCCAGGCAAGUCCUGGGCAAAGGUUAUGAAAUCCUUUGUCUGGACAACUUUGAUGGACAAGGCCAGGUGCAAGGAGAGGGAGAUAGGCUGCAGCUAAGUAGCUGUGAAGUGGUCUUUUCUGUGGACUUACGUCCAGGAAGAUGGCCAUCUCAGGAAGUGCUGCUGCACAUGACUCUUACCCAAGCUGCUCCAUUUUGAGCAGCUGAAGUUAGAAAAAAGCACAGUGUAUCUGGCUAUUAUUCAGAGUAUUUCAUUAGAAACUCGUGUCCAUGGAGGUUUACAAAACCUUCCGGCUACUGCCGUGUCGGCUUCCUGCUUUGUUGGAGUGGCACAUGGAGGAAUUCUCUGAGCUUUGACCCUCUGCCUUGAUGAGAUCCAUAUCUAAGAAAUCCACCAGGGAAUCCACCAGGGCACACUGGGAAGCCUACGGCAGUGCAGGGGAAAGGCAUUGUGACAUCACAGAGCAGGACAUGACAUCAAUCUUUGUCGAGUCACACUGGCAGCCUCCCCCAGCUCAGACACGUGGAGCGGCCGCUCCGUCCUGGUGGUCACUGCUGGAGCACUGCUCUGGGUGACAGCCAUUUGUGUAUUGUGAUUGUUCUUUGGGAGAGAACAGGAUGAAGUUCAGCCUGACUCUCUUCCUGGCCAUCGCUCUGACCCUGUCUCCAUUUGCGGGACAUGGCCCUGGCUGUGUCAGCUGUCUCAGCUGGGUCUGGAAUUGGGACCAAAAGCUGGAUGUUCCCGAGGAGCAGCACCCAGUGGGGACCGAGAGCCAGACCUCCACCUGGCUCUGCUGGCUUGGCCUAACGCCCUGCCCCGACAGAACUGAGGGCAGGAAGAAUAACCAGCUCCUUCCUGAGGAGCAGAAUCCAGUGCGGACCGAGAGCCAGACCUCCACCUGGCUCUGCUGGCUUGGCCUAACGUCCUGCCCCGACAGGGCUGCGGCCACGAAGACAAACCAGGUCCUUCCUCAGGAGCAGCACCCAGUGGGGACCAAGAGCCAGACCUCCUACUGGCCCUGCUGGCUUGGCCCUUCCCAAUGGAUCGGGUACAAGAGCAGCAAGGUUGUCGUUCCACAGGGCCCAAAGCAGCAGUCCCCAGGCACCAAGCAGAAGGCCUACAGCUUGCCUGGCAUCGUGGGCCACCUUUGGGACAACCUUGUGCAAAGGACAACCUGGCUCCUUACAGAUACCUUGAUUGCCAUCUGCAUUUUGGGCCUUCAGAGUAUUGCCAGCAGCCUCUGGAGAAGAUUAAGAAGGCCUCGGGCACAGGCUCUUCCAGCUCCAAACGAAGACCAGAUUCAACAUCUCUCGGGACAAAAUGCUUGCACCUCCCAGAAGAGUGAGCUGGCCUGCUUCUACCCACGCCUGGCCUCCAAAUCAGAGACAGGGAAGACUGGCUUAAUUAACUUGGGAAACACUUGUUACAUGAACAGUGUCAUCCAGUCUCUUUUCAUGGCUUCGGACUUUCGGCAUUCCGUGUUGAAUUUAACUGAGGGCAUCUCCCAGCCCCUGAUGGCAGAACUCCAGUGGCUCUUUGCACUUUUGGAGCACAGUCAGGUAAUUAUUUCGUGUUCUAGUUACUUGCUUAGACUGUCGGCUGUGGAACGGCUCGUCUCCAAGUAGCUUCCUGCCAACUCCAAUGUGCUGAUAAGGAGUCGUGGAUCUGGGUGUGUGUUUGUAACGGGACCAGUUUUGUUGACAGGAAAGAGGCUAACUUUGGGGGCGGAGCAGGCAAAGUGAGUCUGGAGCUCCUGUCAUCCGUGAAAGUGAGCUGUGUUCACACCAGGCUGCCUCUGGCCAUCCUGGCUUUGACGGAUGCCAUAACUCAUGGUUUUGACAAUGAAAUCCAUUUGGUAGUAGUUUGUAUGCGUGGCCAACUGAAAAGCCUGUUGGUGUAAAACAGCACUUUUUGUUUCUUGCUGUGCAGCAAGGAAGAAGACUGGAGCAAGCUGUUUGUCCCCUUGCCUCGCUGCAAACUGCAGUCAGUCAG